UUCACCGAACCGUGUACACCCCUACUCUAAAGUGAACACGUCUCAUGUUAGUUAUUCUCUUUUUCUUAUAUUUCUGACACGAUCACAUCCUCAUUUCUUCUUCCCGAAGUGUUCUGUUGUGUUGUGUUUUUAGGGCAGCAAGCAUAUAUACACACAAUCUACAUACAAAGCCAAUCAUCCUAAUUCAUCUCGUGUUGUCUUGGAUCCAUCAUCUAAAAUGUCGUUAGUAUUUCUCAUUCUGUUACUAUGUAGUGCACUGCCGGCUCACCUAGCCUUUGAUGUUCGCCAUCAUCUCGCUACUGUAACUAGGUACGACGUUGUCAAAGAUAUUGUAGACAAGUCAUUUACGCCGUCUAAUAUUCCCGAUCAGUGUUCUCCAAUUCAUCUGAAUUUGCUGGCACGGCAUGGAACCCGAGCACCUACGAAGAAAAAGUUGAGAUCAUUGGAAGCUUUAUCUCUUCGAUUGGAAACUCUUCUACAAGCUGCAAAAGAACAGAAACGAUCAUUGCAGAAAAUUCCAUCCUGGAUUGAUGGUUGGAAAUCACCCUGGAAGGGCAAGGUCAAGGGUGGAGAAUUGAUUAGUGAAGGAGAAACUGAACUUUAUAAUCUCGGGAUCAGAAUUAGAGAAAGCUUCGCUGAGCUUUUUAGUGAUGAUUAUCACCCAGAUGUAUACACAAUUAAGGCAACUCAGAUCCCUCGAGCGUCAGCUAGUGCCGUGGCAUUUGGCAUGGGACUUUUUAGCGGGAUAGGAAACCUUGGACCAGGACGUCAUCGAGCUUUUGCAAUUAGCAGUGAGAGUCGUGCAAGUGAUACAAUGUUGAGAUUUCACGAUUGUUGUCAGAACUAUAAGUCUUUCAGAAAAAGUAGGGAACCUGGUGUUGAUAAGCUUAAGAGGCCUGUCUUGGAUGAGGUUACCAAUUCGUUAGUGCUGCGGUACGGGCUAAAUUUUACAAGGCAUGAUACUUCUUCUCUCUGGUUUCUUUGCAAGCAGGAGGCAUCUCUUCUUAGCAAACCUGAUCAAGCUUGUGCCAUGUUUAGUCCUUCCGAGGUUGCUUUAUUGGAGUGGACAGACGAUCUGGAGUCGUUCAUAUUGAAAGGUUAUGGUAAUGCACUGAAUUACAGAAUGGGAGUGCCUUUACUUGAAGACGUCGUUCAAUCCAUGGAGCAGGCCAUUAAAUCUAAAGAAGAAAAACAAGCUCCGGGGAGCUAUGAAAAAGCUAGGCUUCGGUUUGCUCAUGCAGAGACAUUGCUGCCUUUCUCAUGUUUAAUAGGCCUUUUUCUGGAAGGAUCUGAAUUUGAACAAAUUCGUCAAGAACAAGCCUUGCAACUCCCUCUAAAACCUCCUCACUCGAGAAAGUGGAGAGGCAGCAUAGUUGCACCCUUUGGUGGAAAUAAUAUGCUAGUUUUGUAUAGUUGUCCAGCUAACAACUCGAGCAAAUACUUGGUGCAAGUACUGCACAACGAACAUCCUGUUCCUCUGCCUGGCUGUGAUAAUUCUAAUAUUUGUCCAUUUGAAGUUUUCAAGGAAAGAAUAGUUGCUCCCCAUCUGAAGCAUGAUUACAAUCAAGUCUGCAAUGCACUAUCUGAAGAAGCUUCAGAGCAAAAUUUUCUGUUCUUUAAGCUGAAACAGAUGUUCAGUUGGCUAUUCUCUCCGAAGAAUAGUGGUAAACAGAACCACAAUGUUGAGCUAUAGUUUGUUGAUAGGAGAGCUCAGAGCAGUAUCUUACAUCUACAGUUUUUCUUCUCUUGCAAGGAUUGUAUCAUUAAGUCAAUUUCAGCUAGCUCACACCCUCAUUCGUAAAGAACACUCAUAUGUAUCAUGGCAGUGGUACUAUCUAUAAGCGGAACCAGCUUUUGACACGCCUAGUUUAAGAUGUGACACUUUCAAGAACUAUGUAGGUCAGUGUAGGUUUUCGCUGUCAUGCUUGUACCAAGGGGCGAUGGACCCAGAUGAGUUGGUCCAUACUUGUGUACUUUACAAUGUACUUUUUGCUGAACAAGUUUAAUUGUAUUGUAGUUAUCAGGAUACUUUUAAUAUACUCACCAUCCCAUUUUACA